UCCUCUUCUCUACACUUAAAUGGCGCCAAAGAAACAAGGCAGUAGAAAAAAAGGCUCUGCGGCUUCCUCUAGAAAGUCCCCCUCCACAUCGUCAUGCCCCCCUACGUCAUCUUCUGGCCACCCUACGUCAUCUUCUGGCCACCCUACGUCAUCUUCUCGCCACCCUACGUCAUCGCCAGGCCACCCAACGUCAUCGUCGUCUACCCGCAAUGCGUCCGCAUCAACACCAUCGCCACCCAAUUCGUUUUCCGUAUCGCAACCGGUGCCAUUCUCAACAUCACCACCGGUGACGUCGCUGCCGUCAGCAUCGGUGCCGUCGGACAGUUCGCCAUCGGCCAGUUCGCCGUCGGCGUCAACAGUCACUACGACUACCGUGUCCACCUCGACUUCGGCAUCCGCAACGACAUCAUUGUCCGCGGCAUCGGCGGCGUCGUCCACGUUGGCUUCGGCCGCAACGUCAGCGAUGUCAUCUCUAUCAAUAUCCGACGACCUAACUAUUACCGACGAAAUACCAAUUAAGCUGAACGGCAUGAAUUAUCUUGAAUGGAAUGAGAAAGUUGAAGCUGUCUUGAAAGCGCGCAAUCUGCUAGAGUUCGUGGAGAAGAUCUUCGAUCCUGAACCGUACGCAAGCGAGAGCGAUCGCACGCAGAACAACGAAAGCGAAAAGUUCCGGCGAUGGUUUGUUCAAGAUCAGAUAUUGCGCACGUGGUUGUUAUCGUCUAUGCGCAAAGACCUUGCUUCUUUGAUGGCCGGAUGCCAAUACUCGUGGCAGGUUUGGGAAACGGUGAAAGAACUCUUCCAUUCUCAUUUGGCGGUGAGGGUUUGGCAACUUAGGUCAGAGCUGGGGACAAUAAGGAAAGGAAAUUUGUCUGUGUCUGAGUACGUUGGCAAGAUCCAAAGCAUUGUUGAUUCUUUGGCUGAAACAGGUAAUCCUGUGUCUGAAGAAGAUCACGUUGAAGCGGUCUUGGCAGGAUUGCCAAGGGAGUUUGACUCGGUCGUCAAAAUGGCGCGAAUGUUUGAGGGUCUCACUCCUAUCGCAGUUAGUAAUAUUGAAACCUGGUGUUUAGUCUUAGAAGAGAAAUAUACAAGUGAAUAUCGCCAUGUUGACGGUGGAGGAGGCCCUUCAACUCAAGAUGACGAACCAUCUUGCUCCCCUGAGUGUUCUACUGCUGAAAGAGGUCGUGGAAGUCGUAGACGAAGAGGCCAUGGUCGCGGUGGCCGCCAUCGAGGCAGGAACUAGGUUAACAAUCACUGGCUCGACGCAGAAGCUUGAAUCCGGUCAAAAAGAAUGUCAUUCUGGUUGGAGGGAUUAUCUUGAUAUUAGUUACUGGGAAUCUAAACAUGAGAUUGGAGAACUCGUCAAACAAAGGCAUGCAAAACGUCAUUUCUUGUGUUAUCUUAUGAAUGUAGUUAGCAGUUGCACGCUAUCAUUACUAAGAUAACCUUGUUUUGACAGUACAUUACACAGUACUAGUAUCAUAACUGCCUCAUGUGUAAUAUCAUUUUCUCAACUACAUCUGUAAAAUAGACAAAAACAGAAUAUAAGAA